AAAAUUGUAUAAUCCAUAUAUAAAAAAAAACCUCUUUGAAAACAUAAUAAAUGUUUUCAUCUUUAAUUAGGUGAAAUAAUUUUUAUAGGUCUAUUAGAAAGGAGUACUUAUUGGAAUAGUGGCAUAUUUAUGAGAAGGGCACAAGGGGUCCGUGCUCUCUCACCAUUGGCCGUACCUAUUUAUAUAUUUUAAUAACUAUUAUAGUAAAUACAGAUGAGUAUAACCUUACGUAAUAUAUAUAUUAUAAUAUAAUUUGUAUCAUCAUGAUCUGAGUGUAAAGACAUUUUUUUAAUAAAUUGAACAUAAAUUAAUAUAAAAUUAUUAUAUUAAUAUAUUAUUUAUUGGUUUUAGAAUGAUGUUUAUUUUUAUUUUAUUUUUUUAUCUGUAAUCAACUUUUAUUCUUCCAGAAAUCUUGCUCCAAUUUUCAAUUUUCGCAACUUUUCUGAAAAGCAAUUUUAUCUUUGGGUACUUUUAGGAGGUCAUUUUUUAAUUUUCCAUGCGAUUUUCAUAAUAACUGGGAAAAUCUAGGGAAAACUUAGGAAAAGUGGGAUAAUUUACAAAAAUAAUUUUUUAUUAUUUUCAAUUUUGUUUUUUGUUGUAAUUUAAUUCAUAGAGAUUUUAAAUUUUGAUAGAAACUUUUUCAGACGCGUUAAAAUUUUAAAAACAUUUGAGCUAUUUUUAAGCUAUUUAUAGACAUUUUAAUUUAGUGAGUUUUUUACAUAAUUUUUAUUUGUUAGUUACUUUAUGGAUGAAAUUUUUUGAAUCAAACAGAUGUUUGAAAAUUUAACAAGAAAUUCAUUUUAAGUCGUACAUUGUGUUAAAAAAAAUUGUGUAAUGAAGUUUUUGUUUGUAAUGAUUUAUCAUUGUAUACAGAUAUAAAUUAAAUUACCAUAAUAUAAUAUUAUGGAUUGAUUGUAUUAUUAUAAUAAUUUAUUCCAGUAAUUUUUGAUAUUCGCUUUAACACUAUGUAGCAUCCUAUGCCCUUUUUUUACCUAUUCGCGCCUGGAUACACGUGUAUUUUUAGUAUACAUUUUGUAUAGGUACUAACAUAAAUCAUUAUAAUAAUGCAUAACACUAACAUAAUAUUUGAUUUACUAUUAAUAACUAUAUAUUAUUAAUCAUUAUAGUUUGUACGUGUCUUCGUAUAGGUUUACACAUAUUAGCGUAGGGUAGAAUUUGAUUUGAUUUUAAAAAUAUUACAUCUAUUCAAGUCUGUAGUGGAUAUACAUAAUAAUAAUAACCUGUAGGCUGCAUGUACCUUAAGUACCUACUGAAUCCUUUUAGGAAAUAGGUCAACGAUGUUUUAUAUUUUCAAGGAAAAUGAUGCAUAAAAAAAUCCUACAUUGGAUAUAAAAUUUAAAAAAAAAUCAAGAAUGUUUUAUGUCUAGCGUGUAAUUUUCGUAAUUAUAACGUUUAAAAAAGUUGAAAUUAUUGUUAAUAAAAAGGGCGCACAUUGUAUACAUAUACAUGUAUAAGUUCAUAGUUUAUAUAUAUAUUGCGGACCGAAUGCGGCAGUGUAUCCUUUUUUUUUUGUUAUCAAGUAUUGUUUUGUUUGACAUGCAAAAUAGCGAUUUAAAAAAAUAUGCAAAAAAAAUAAAAAUAAAUAGCACGCGGUACCCGCUCGCUGCUCAUGGAAAGGUACGAAAGUAUAAAUGGAAACUUAAUAGCUCGUACCGACCGCGGAGGGAUUGAACCUAAACAGAUUGGUUUUGACAUGCAAAACAAACGCUCGCCCGUCGCUUGGUGUUUUUCCUUUUUGUCGGCGCCGACAUGGAUAAGGUGAGCAAUAUUCAAGUACAUAUAAUAUCAUUAAUAUUUUUUUUCUGUUCUUUAACUGUUUAUUGUUAUUUGUUUAUUUGAUUUAUUAAUGCUAAGUAGCGGUAAUACUAUAAUAAUAUUAAGAUUUUAUUUUUGUAAUAUUUAAAAUGUAUAACUACUAUUAAUAAUAAUUACUGUUAGAAUCACAAAAUAUAAAUGCGUAUAGUAUAAUAGAGGUACCUAUUAUUAAUAUUAAAAUAUUUUAUUAAGAAAAAUUUGUAUUUUCUUUAGAACCGCAGUUAAAAUUAUAAUUUUAUUGGUACCUAUAUUUCAUGGCAUAUUAUUGUACUGCACAAUAUGUUAUACAUUGAGCAAAUGAAUAUUAGACUAUCUACCUCCAGAAAAUACAUUUUUGUUACAUUGUCCCUGCGACAGAGUGUGUGUGAAUGACGUGACCAGGAAUGUUCAAUAGGAAGGGAUGUAGUAAAUAAUAAUCAUGACUCAUGAAUAGAUCGUAGAAUAUUAUUCUGUCACACCUAACUUGACAAUUAGAAUUUAAAAGUUGGAUCGAAAAAUAGUAAAUUUUUAUUCCAUAAAUCUAGCCUUUUUCUUGUAAUUUGGCUGAAAUAAAUAAUUUCUUGAUAAAAUUACUAAAUAAAUACUCAUAGUUGUUGGAUUGUUAAGCCAAUGGUGGGGAGGGCGUGGAGGGGGGACAUAACACAUAACGUAUAUCUGUGUACGUCAUUGGUAUCUGUCAUCAUAUUGUGCGAUAUUCUUUAUACGUGUGAUCGAAUAUCAUCACGACUCAUGAGUAAUUUAUAUUAAAUACCUAAAACCAUUAUACAUAUAGAUAUUAGAUAAUAUACAGGUAUUUAGAGUUCAUUGUAAUACAUUAAUCAUUAUAUGAUAUAAUAUGAUAGAGGCGUAUAGGUACUGAGUAUAAUAGCAUAUAUUAUAAUAUAUUUGAAUGUGUAUGGUAAAAUAGAUUUGUUUAAUGUCAAAAUAGCACGCGUACCUAUACAUAAUAAACGAGUUAGAAAAAAGAUUACGUGGUAUGCGGAUUCAGGAUACGUUAUAAAUACCUAAGGUUAAAAAAAUGGAACGUAGUAUAAUAUCAUUAUUAAUAGCAUUUGAUAAUACCUAUAAUAAACUGUAAUACUAAUGACGAUUUAUCAAACAUAAAAAAAAAGAAAUGUAUCCAUGCUCUUUGCUUUGUUGAAAUGUUUAGAUAAAUAUUACUAAAUAUUAUACAAUAAUCAUUAAUACAAAUAUAUUGUAUGAUUACAAUAGGUAUUAGAUAUAAAUAUUAAAUAUUGGUCAUAAAUAUAUCUUUAGUUCCAGGGAAGAAGAGUUUAAGUCAUUUUCACAAAAACUAUACUAAACAUUUUUUUUUUUUCACUAAAAAAUAUAUAACAUUUACAAUCUGUACAUUAAAAAACAAAUUACAAUAAGCAAAUAGGUGAACAAAAAUAAAAUAUUUGACUUAGAGACGUGAAACAGGGAAACCAUACAGUGAUAGAACCCUUAUAACUUAAAAAUUAUCUAAAAAAUGACGGACAUUUUUGGAAAAUUAAGGGAAAUGAUUGAAAACGAUUAAAAAUACGUAAGAAAAAUAAAUACAAAAUAAGCAUUUCUUCAUUGGGACCAAAAAUUAAAAUAGUUGUAAAAUAAAAUCAUUUUCGAUUACGAUAAAAUCAUUCAGAAAGAAAAUAAGAAUAUAUUAUUCGGAAAUAUUCUACGGUACGGCAAGGGAAAUAAACCUUCAUAUCCCUCAUAAUAUAGAUAGGUAGACGUCAUUUUAUGCAAUUAAUAACUGACGAAUAUUUUUAGAUGUUAUUUUAAUACGUCUUCGAAGUUUAUACUCUAAUAUAACCGACGAUGGUUUUAACAACUUUUAUUUAUUAAUUGACAUAAAUAUAGGUAUAGACGGUUGAAAAAAAAAUAAAACGUUUUUUAAAAGCAUACCGUUUAAAACGCUUAUUCGAUGUUUUGAUUAUCAAAAUACUUUCACUACCUAUAGAAAUAAUAAUGACGAAAAAUAUGUGCGUAUAGUACCGCCUGUUAAAAUAUGUUAUUACAGGAAUAUAUUCGUUGUUAUUGUUUAUUUUGCGAUCAAACCUAACCUGUAUAGGCUAUAGAAAAUAGGUAUAUAUAUUUUUAGAUAUUUCUAUAGGUUAGGUGGGUACAUACAGGGUGAUUUUUUUAUCAUGAACCAGCAAUCAUCUUAGAGGAAUUUGAGUGAAUUUGAUUUCUGUUUUUUCUAAUCAUUAUGGAAUUGUUUAAGCUUUAUUUUAAAGCCAUUUUUAAUUUUUCAUCCUUACUCCAUAUACCUUAAAUAAGUACAUACUUUUGAUUUUCAAAUAGGAACUCCUGUAUGUAGGUAUACCUACAUUAAAACUCUUUAGUUAUUAUUAUAUUAAGUUUUAAUAAUGGAUUGUUUUUAACAAUACUAUAAUUUCAAUGACAAAUUUAGGCUAAGGCAGGUUAAAUAGCGUAGUUGACGUUUAGCAUAAACAUUUUCGGAAGGACGAAACAUUUGUUUUAAAUGAUUUUAUUUUAGAUUCGGAGCGUGGCGAGGAAUGUAUUGGUUUUAUAAUCAUGUUUUAUAUAUUUUUUUUUUUUAUCUGUGAGCAAGUUUUUUAUCAGAAAUCUUGGUCCGAUAUAUCAAGUAAAGCGGUUUUUCUGAAAGGCAAUUUCAUCUAAUAGGUUCUUCUUAUAUGUUGUUUUUUGAUUUUCCAAGCGGUUUUCAUAAUAAUUGGAAAAUCAUUUUUAAAAUUAUUAUUUUUCAAUUUUGUUUUUUUUAUUGUAAUUCAGAUAAAAAUAUUCGUAGAGACUUAAAAUUUAGACAAAAAUGAUAAUAAUUUUAAAACAAUUGUGUCAUUUUUGAGUUAUUAUUUGAGGGCAUUUUUAUUUUACGAUUUUUUUUACAUAAUUUGUAUUUGUGGAUAAAAUUGUUAGACUAUACAAAAAUACAUCAUAAUUAACAAUGAAAUUAACAAGAGGUUCAUUAUUUAUAAGCCGUAGUUAGUGGCCAAAAAAAAAAAAAAAAUUGUUUAAUGUAAGAUUUUUUUUUUAUAAAAAUUUUAGUAUUAAAUUUUGACGAAAAUUGUAAAUGUAUUACGGCUUUUCAAAACAUAUAUAAUAGAACUUCGCUCCGAAUCGUUUUUGUUAGCAAUAGUUUAUCGUUGCGGACAAAUAUGAAUUAAACUCCUCUUUAUAUCCUACCUCCUCAACCUUUCAUCUAUAACAGUGUCCCAACCGUCAUACGAAGUCUUUUUAAAUUUGUCGCGAUAAAAAUAUAGUAACAAUUGAAUAAUGUAGCUUCGUUUAAAAUAUUGUAGUUUUUAGAUCCUUAAUAAAAUGAAGAAACUUCAGUGGUGCACAGGAGAAUUUUGAAAGCACAUGCAGUUUACAAAUGUAUAUCCAGCCACCCAUUUUUUUUUACAUGUAAAAAAAAAUGUUGUCACUUCACAUCACAAUUAUACUCAAGAGCUCUUGAGUUAGUGUUUAGCAACGUUAGCGUUUUGUUUAAAACUAUUUAAUAAAAUAAUCAAUACAUGGGUGUAAACAUGUAUUGCUUAAAGACCCGUUUAAAGAUUAAUACAAAUUUGAACUGUAUAUAAUAAUUAAUAAGAUGGCUAAAGACACACGUAGUUGUAAUAUUUGGUAACCUAUAUGGGCGCCACUAAGAAGCUUUAUUAUAGUUUUACAAUGAUGUGUUUAUUUUUCCGAUUGAUAAAAAUAAUCUUAUUUCCUUAUUUUAUACCGGUACUUGGUGAGGUUUGAAUUUAUCACUUAAUGGUAAGUAUUUCAUUUGAACAUUUUCAAUACUUUUUCAAAAAAUUGUUUUUUACAAAAAAAAAACGUGUGUCCACUGCCUUUCUCGUUGGUUACGUUGGUUAUCCUACCCACAACUAUUUAUCUGUCUACAAUAGUGAUGCACUUAUGGUGAAAAGUAUGUCUGGCUUUUUUGGGGGGAACCGCCACAGUGAGAGUGGUUAAAAAACUAGUCUAGGGCGUCAAAAAGAUAAACUGCAAGUACUUAAUAUAGAUGAUUUUGUACACAUUAAGAUUACAUUGUCAUUACCAUUUUUAAACAAUUAUAGAUAUUUUAUUAUUUCUUAAUGAUAAUUGUAAUAUUAUAUACCAAACAUUAAAUAUGUAUUGUAUAUAUGGGUAUUAGCUAUUGAAUAGAAAACCGUGUUUUGUCGAAUUAAUUAUAUAAUAUUUUGUAUAUUAUUGACUGUACAUUUCAGUAAAAUAAUGUGAAAACAAUUUUCAUCAAAUAAAAUUAGUAGUUUACACAUGUUGUAACAAUGUAUAAUAUUAUAAUCUAUAGGAGUGUAUAGCAUUGUUGCCUGUAGGUAUAAAUUCAUUUUUUUUUUUUUUUUUUGCAAACAAUAAUGACUGUAUGUACAAACGUUUUUUUUGCAACAUCUUUAUUAUUAUAAAAUUAUUCGUAAUAAUUAAGUUCAGAAAAAGAAAAAACUAACAUUUUUUUUUUUUUUUUUACGCCGAGAUGGAAUAUAUAUGGGAGGGGUGGAUGAAUUAUACCUACAUGUAUAAUUAUUUUAAAUCGUAUUUGUAUUUUAUUUUUAUUUAACGUGUCAAUAUACUUAUAUAAUAUUUAGUGUUCUUAUACAAGUUAGUUUAUAAGAAAUAUAAGUAUCAAAUUCAAAAGCGAUUAUUAUUAUUAUAUUAUACUGACAAAAUACGUACGUUCACAAAUGAAAAAAAAAAAAACCAUGAAUAAUAUAUAACGGAUUCAUUAUAUUCACGCUUACUCUUUAUAUUUUAUAUACUCAUUAUACAAUAAAUGUUGAUGUUUUUCGCACGGUCAAUUAUUAUAAUAUAAUAUUAUGCGCACUACGUAUAACUAUGUAGGCACUGCGUAGUGUGUACUCAUACAAAUCGAAUAUUGUAAUAAAAACAUUUGUAAAGGUAGGAUAUCUUAUGCAACGAUGAUUAAAUACGAUUCUGAGCAAUAUUCAGUUGUAAAUGUUUUUAAACUGUUUUUAAUUUUUGCAAACUAUAUUUUUUCUACUUUAGAAAUGGUGCAUUUAUAUAAAUAUUUCCUCUCGACCUUUGUUUAUUAAAUUUAGGAUCUAGAUGCUUACGAAGAAAGUCGUUUUUUUAUUUUCUAAGUAGUUUUCGUAAUAAUUUGGAAAACCGGAAAAAGACGAAAAAUGAAAACUGAUAAAUUUACGGCGUAAUUAUUUUAUUUUAAAUUUGUAUGCUUUAUGUUUUCUACUAGAAAUAUUAUUCCAAUAAAAAAACACCAAGUCAUUUUCGUUGUUGAAUUUUUAAUUUAGUUGGUGAGUAAGAAAGUCGUUUUUUGAUUUUCCUCGUAGUUUGUUUAAUAAUUUAGCAAAAUCGAAAAAAAAACGUAGAAAUAAUAGGGAAAUGUACGAAAAUAUAGUGCUUUAUUAUUUUAAAUCUUGUUUUUUUGUUGUAAAUUAGUUAAACAUUUUCGUAAAGACUUGAAAUUUUGAUGAAAAAUUAUACUUGCUUUUUCUGGACGUGAUAAAUUUUUUUUUAAUUUUUGAGCUAUGUAGGUACCCUAUGGAUAAAAUUGUUUGACUAAACAGAUUUACUUGAAUAUUUAACUGGAGGUUCAUUAUAAAUUGUACUUAGAGGUAAAAAAUAAUAGGAGCUUUAACAUCAAAUUUUGAAGACAAUCGUAAUUAUUAUUAUAUGUACGGACAUUUAAAACAUAGGUAACUGAACUUCGCUCAGAAUCGUUUUUCGUUAGCAAAGUUUAAUCAUUGCGUAAAGGUAUACAUUCAAUUCCCAAAUCCCCACUAACAAUAAUUUUGAAACAAUUUGCUUUUAAUAAAAAUAAGUAGUAAAUGUAAAUGUACAAAUUAAAAUUUAACCUUUCUUCUUAUAUUCACGAGCAUGUUUAUAGUAAUAGUUUAUUCUUGGAAAUAAUCCAGUAGACAAAAUAUACAUUUAUUUAUUUCUUCAAAUAUACGGAUAUUACUCAUGUAUAUAAAGUUAAAUUGAUAACAUAAAUAAUUUUAAAAUUUUUAAUAAAAAAAUAAAACAGCAUAAUAAUAAAAAUGUUUUACUUUAUUCGACUACAAAUAUUCUAAAGGAAAAAAUUAAUUAUUGAUAUAGGUAAUUAAUAUUAUAGCUAAUUUUGAAAACGAUGUAUAGAAUUAUUAAAUUAAUUUGCAGUAGACAUCAGGGUAUUCGAGGGUGAAUAUUUCAUAUAAUUUUUAAAUAUUUAUUAUUAGUAGAGCAACGAUUUGUUUUAAAAAUUAGUUGUGAUUGUAUUACAAUUAAGUCGUUCUAUUAAUUCAGAGCAAUCUACCGGGUUAUUCAGUAAUUUAUAGAAAAACUCUUAAUUUAAUAUUUUUGAUCGAUUAGAUGGAAAAUUGAUAGAAAAAAAGCCUAAACCAAUUAUUAUAGUCAGUUUGCGUUUUCCUGAAUAUGUUACACGUAAAGUAUAGUAAUCGUAAUAAAUUAUUUUGUACUUUAAAAUAUUAUGAUUUUGAGUUAUAGAGUUAGAGUGUUAUAUUAAAUUCGCAUAUUUUGGGGAAGGGUGAACUAAAGUAAAAUAUAAUAAUUUUAGUACAUGUUCAUUAUGGAAAACUUUACACGCACGCUUUAAAAAAAAUCUAGUUUUGAAAAAACUUUAUUGAUAAUAUUUUGUACAUGAGAAUUAAAAUUUAGUUUCGAAUCAAAUAUGACACCAAGAUCUUUUAUCUUACUUACUGUGGUAUAGACGGAAAUUCAAUAUAAUGAUAGGUACCUAUACAUAAAUUGAGAAAUAUAUGUAUCCAAUGUUAUCCAAUGUUCUAUGAAUAUUUUUAACUUGUACGAUAGAAAUAUUGAAAUCGUGUAGCCUACCCUAUUAAUUGUACUUAAAUCCGUGGUAUCCUCUAUUUUGUGUUUACUGUUUAGUCAAAUUUUCAUUAUAGGUUAACGACACUAUUUGCAGUUAAAUUUGUAGUGAUGUGAAUAUCUUCAUAAUUUGUCCACUAGUUUUUAUAGAUUUUUUUUAUCCAUACAAAAAUCAAAAAAAUAUAUUUUUAUGAUAAACCAUCGAAUAUCAAACAAUUAGCUUUGUCCGUAAAUAACUGCAUAUCUUUAAUAUAGUUUUAAACUACUACACUAUAGAAACGACAAAUAUAUUAUCAUAAGAAAUGCUUAUUGUUUAUUCUUCUUUUUUUUCGGAGUAUAAAAGCGGUCUACAUACAUCCAGACCUCAAGUCAUCUCUAUCUGAUUAUCCAAUCGUCUCCUUAGUUGUUCCCCUAUAUCUUUGUUGAACUAUUUCUGUUCGCCUUAUUCUUGGUCUUUCGAGGAGUCUCCUCUAAUUUUUUUUAUUUAUUUUUUUAAUAAUAUUAUAUUUUAUUAUUUUAAUAUAAAUAAUUUACCUACACAUUUUAAUGACAAUAAUUGUAUAUUGAAAUAAAAUAGCAUAAUAUUACCUACUUAUACUCUUUUUUGACCGUCAUUAAUGAACUACAUAUAUAUAUUAUGUACAAUGUAUUAAGGGGACAUAUACACAUAGUAUAUAGGUAAUAUUUGAUAGCGUACUUAUAGUCAAAAUUAUUUACCUACCUACCUAUUAUAAUGACAAAUAUGUUUGAAAAAAAAAAAUGAUAUUUUGUAAAUCCUAAUAUUUUAAAUAAUACGAAAAAAAUUCUAAAAUGCACCUGUAUAUACAACUAUGACAAUAUUAAACGUACAAACGUAUGCAAACAUCAAACAUAAAUUUGUUCGUGAACUGAUUUUCUACGCUAUAUUUGUAUUAUACAUCAAUAGGAAUUAUUAAUACAAUGCAAUCUAUUUUUCGACGCAUAUUUUAGGAAAAUACUAUACAAAAAUAAUGAUAAUGCACAAAAAAAUUAUGCUACGAUUUGCUGCAGUAGCGUAUUUAUGGGAGGAGGGGACUGGAUAUGUGGGAUAGAUGUCUUCCCUUGCUUUUUUUUUUUUUUUUAGGAGUGUUUUGCCACAGUGAAGUUAACGUCAAAACAGAUGAAGUUUUAAAUUUGUUGUGUAUAACAAAACAGAAAAACUUGAAUUAAUUUUUAUAUUAAUAAAAUAGAGUAGUUUAUAUUAGUAAAAUAGAGUAAUAAAAUAAUAUUCAUAUCAGAAUAUGAAUAUCAUUAUGUUCAUUGUUAUUAAAUCUCUACAUAGGAUAAACUGAAAUUAACACUCAACAGGCUACAAUAACUAAACCUAAUUAUUAUAAAAGAUUAUUUUUGGGUGUUAUGAGCAUUCCGAGUAUUUACACAUUUUUUAGGGACUAUUAUUAGGUUUUGGGACACCCUUCGGUCCCUUAAUAUUUAAUAUUUCAAAAGUUUAUGAUACCUUAGGGAAAAAUUGGCUCUAAAAAAUAAUAUUUCAUACCACCUCUCUGCAAGAAAAUCCUAUAUUCGCCUCUUUUAUGCUGUGCUAUAUAACUUUUAGUAUAGGUUAUUAUAAGUAGGACUAGGCAUGAUGUAGAGAAGAUAUUUUAUAUUUUUUGUGUCAAUAUCGUAACGUUAAAAGAUACGAGAAUGGCAUAACUUCACUAUAUCAUGUAUUUAAGUAUUAAAUUGCAAUAAUUCGACAAACGUGUAUAGAAUCAAAAUGUAUUAUUUUAGUAAGAGUUUUUUAAUGCUUAAUAAGGCACAUAAACUAAUCAAAUUAUUAUAAUCCAAUGUUGUUAUUCUUAUUUGAUACAAAGAUAUGUUGAUAGAAUUAUCUAUCUGCAGAUGAUAAUUUAUUUAAUGAAUCUUGUGGUUUAGAAAUAUUUACUUUUUCAUAUAUUAUAUUUCCAUUAUAUUGAAUGAGUUUCUCAAACACAAGUAUAAAAAUUGCUCAUACCCGUGUUGAAAAAUAUACAACUAUCAAAUACAAAAAAAAAAAAAAAAACCACUUUAGAAACUCAAUAUCUCGAUAGAAACAUAUAUUUUACAUUUUUAUAUACAAUAUUGUUAUAAACAUUUGUGUAUACACCACAGCGGUAGAUUAAGCGAUUUGUCGCCAACAAGCAUAAAAGUAUUUGACUUCGCUUCGCUAUCGUAAGAUUUUUUUAACCUAAACAUAAAAUAAAUAAAUAAAAUAAUUAUUUUAAAAUGUAUGAAAAGUGGAUUGGCAUAAAAGAUGUUUGAUAUAAUCAAUAAUUGAUACAAAUACCACGAAGGGAAAAUACGUACACAAUUUAAAUUAUCAUUUAUUAAUAUUGUUACCAUAAAAAAUCGAAACUUUGAAGUGGAAAAUUUUAAACACAUAAAGAGAAUAUUGUUAAAUUAAAAAAAAAAAACACAAAAUAUUAUGCAAAAUCAAUUUUAUUUUGAAACUUGUUAUAAUGAUGAUUCAAAUUUGAACUAGACAUUUUCUUUGUAAUUUAAAGUACCUAUGUAUUACUCGUAUAUUUUGUGUAUUGUUUCGUUAACUUUUUCCAAAAACAUAAAAGAUGAAUUAAGUAGGUACCUACAUUAUGUUAAUUGUUAGUGUUUUAUGUACAUUUUAAAAUCAGUAUAUAAAAUCAUCACUAUAAGAUGUCGAAAAACAAUCUCUAAAAAAACUAUUUGGGAUUAAAAAAAGUAAAUUAAGUUUUUGUCUUCUUUUUUUAAAAAUGGUAAGUUUGACACCCUAAAAACUCGCCACUCCAAUCAACUACUUAUUCUGCUUGUAAGUAAACUCAACGCUGAUUUAUAUAUUUUAUUCAUUCGAUUCUUCGGUACAUAACUAUACUGUUUAGUAAAGACCUAUAAGCUUUAAAUUUAAAACCUUGUGUUGAAAAAACGUUUUAUCUCGAAACGACUGUAAUCUAGCACAAACGCCCAUGUUAAAUAUAACAUAUCUUGAAUGUAACUUAUUGUAAACAUUAUCUGUAAUCGAGUACCUAUUAAUUCAUAUACAAAUUCUGGUUUUUUUUUCUUUUUUAAUAAUAAAAAUAUGGCAUUUUUUAAUUCUUGAAUAUCUGCCUACAUAGUAAAUACCGUCUCAUUCAAGUGAAUUAAAAAUCGAUAUGCUAAACCUACCUAUUAUGUUAUAAUAAUACUUACCUUAGUUGUUGUCUUUAAUAUUUAGUAUUGAAAUAUAUUUAUACAUAAUAGCUAAUUUGUUUCUCUUUUUGUGCGUGAACAUGUUUUGGAACAAAUUUCACAAUAAUUCACAAUAAAUACUCGUAACGAUAGUGCGGGACUACUGUUCAAUUUAUUUUAAAUUUAAUUUAAAUAUUUUGUUGAUAAAUUUAAAUAUUUUCUAUAAUUUCAUUUAAAUUUUCCCAUUGCCUUUUAAAUAUUAUGGAUUUGUGCCUUGUAGGUAAUUCAAAUUAAGCUUAGUAAAAAAAUAAUAUUUUGUUUAGCAUUACCUUAGUUUCAGUUUUAAUAAACACUAUAAUUUAAAAUUAUAUUACCUAUAUAAUAAUAUAAUAUAAAUAUGUUUAGUAUAAUUAUUAUUAGGUAUAUCUUAUGAAUUGAAUAUACUACCCACGGUUUAUAUUAUAAUACAAUCAGACUUGUGCUCAGAAUUUCUUCAUGGUGCAGGAGAGGGGAGGUUUAUGAAGAAAAAGGAAUUAUAAAAUAAUCACAUCAAUUAUAAGUCAGAUCAAAAAUUCAAAAGACAAAAAUACAAAUUAUGAUUUUUUGACCGAACAUUAUGGAGUCAUGGUGAAGUAAACUAUUGUUUUUAAUUCGACACAACUAAUAUCUAUAACUAUCAAUAAUCUAAAUGAAUAAAAGACAAUGCGAGAGGUUUGAACACUCUCCCCCCAACCCUUACGCACGGGCAUGAAUAAAAUAUUAUAUUCUAGUAUUUUAUAUAACUUCCCUAGACAAGGUUAUCACUUAUAUACGAGUAUAAAAUACAACACAUGAAGUAUCUAAAUUAUGCUUAUAUACCAAUCUUAUUAAUCAUUUUAAAAUUUGAAAUUGUACCGAUUCUAUGUGUGAAUUAUUGUUUCUAUUGCGAAUUAGGAUAGUACUAUAAUACUAUCUUAAUUCGAUUAUUUCUAUACAGGUACUUGUGUUUAACAAUAUCUGCAUUAUAUACAGACAAUGACACAGGAUAUACUUAGUAAGUAGUAAUAAUCAUAAAUAUAUUUAUUUUAUGCGAUAUUACAUUGGUUUUGUACACAGAUGUAUGGUUUAUAAUUUUAAGUUAUAAUUUAUUCUGUAUACAUGUAUAAUAGGUACAUAAAUUCCUAUUAUAUGUGAUGCUGCUGUGUACCUAUACACAUUUUUUUAACAAUAAUAUAAAAACAUAGUAUCUAUUGGUACUUCAGUAUUAUAAAAUAAACGCAUUCCCCACUAAAAUUAAAAUUACAAAAUAAACAUAAUACUAGGUAAUAUAUAUGACCUACUAGAAUAAAGUAUGAAAUAUUAUACGACAAUUUAAACAGUUGGUUUGAUUUAUUUGUGUUUGACAAAGACGAAUGGCCUAUAUAUAGGUAUUUACUAUUUCUAAACAAUAAAGUAAGCACAUGAUAUUUUGACGCUUGUCACUUGUAAAGUUGUUGGUAUAUACGAUACACCUGUAUACUCUGUAGGUAUAGGUGUAGGGCGUAACUAGUAAUUGUGUACUUUUUAAACUAUUGAGAUUGAGUCAUGUUUUUAAUAAUAUUGUUUGCCUAAUAUGAUUGAUCAGAAAAUUAAUAUUUCAGUAAUAUAUGUAUAAAAUUAACAUAAAUUAUAGCCAUAAUGGAUAAUUUAGAAUCUGGAAUUUUGAGAACAUUUAAUUUAUGAGUAUCACAAGGGUUAUUUAUACUAAUUAUUAAAUACUUUAAAUUUGGUUUUUAAUAGAAUCAUUUCAAAAAGGUAUCUGCAGUUAUCUUAUUUAAAUAAUAUGUAGUUAACCUGAAAGAUUUUAAUUUUGAAUUUAUUUAAUAAAUAAUAAUAUUAAAAAAAAUCUUUUAAUUCUUUAGGUUAAAGGUAAUUUAAAAUAUUUAUUAUGAUUGUACAAUCACCGUUUAAUUUAAUCAGCGAACUUAACGGUUGUAUUUCAAAUUUAAUGAUUUGUUUGAUAAUUAAUUAGUCUAAGAUUUUCAAGGAAAUAUAUUGAUUUUACUAUGAUGUGUUUUUUUUGUUUUUUGUAUUAAUGAGUUAUUCUCGAAUUAAAUUGAGUUGAGGAAUUUCUAUCAAAAAUUUUCCUUCAAUAAAAACUUUUUAAGAUCCCUGUAUAGCAUUUUUGACAUAGGUAUUGUAUUGAAAAGGUUAGGCUGAUUUCUGUUGUUUUCUUAAUAAACGGAAAAAACCGGUAAUUUUUGUUGAUUUUUGGGUUACCUUGGUAAGAAGGGAAAAAAUAUGAUUAAUAAUAUCUUACUCAGAAAAGUUUUUCAUUAGACAUGGUUUGUCGUUUCGUACAGAUACCAAUUAACUCUAUGUAUACCUCUUCCAAAUUCUCUCCUAAAAUAGUGCAUACAUCCAUCAAUAUCAUCAGACUGUUUACAUUAAAAAAUUUACAAAAAAUCACCUUGGUAGUUUGAGUAUAUAAAAAAAAAAAUCAAUAUAAAACUACUCGAUUAAAAUAAUUUCUCUUUAUAUAUUGGGGAAACUAUACAUGAGUAUAUAGGUAUCAGAUUUCCAUGUAGGUAGUGAAAUCGGUGAAGCGGCACACUAAUGGAACUGUCACGAAGAAAAAUAACAAAAAAAAGAUUUUAUUAUAAAAGUACCAAUAAUUUCUCUGGGGAUUGAACACGAUAAUAGAAUUAAUUAUUAUAUAGACAAUAUAUACAUAAAUUAUUCGGAAAAAAAGAUUUUAGAAAUUUUAAUUAAAAUUACAGUAUUAUAUUAUUAUUUUUACACAGAUAUUAAUUAUUAUAAACAGUUCAAUAGUUUUAAAACAAAAUAAUAUUUGUGUAUCAAAAAUAUAAUCAUAGGUAAACGUCAUAAUAAUGUAGUGUGCAGAUACAUUAAAGGGUCUCCCAUAUUAUGUGUAUUUCGCUAUCACAUAGAAAGGACUAUCCAGAAUUUUAUGAUAAGAUAAAUAAAUCUAUUUUUUGUUAAAAUCAUAUAUUUUAUUUUCAAAAUUUAGUUUGAAUUAUAGAAUAUUUGAAGACGAAAUUCAAUAUGUCUUACACAGCUUCUCUAAUAGAAGGAUAAUAUUAUAUAAAUAUAUUAUACCUAAAAGUUUACCAAUUAAUUGGUUUUCAAGAAAGAACCGAAAAAUUAUGCUUUUAAACUUUAAUAAAACCAUAUUAACGUAAAUUCGGAACAAUAUACCCGUAGCAAGUUUGCUCUUGUGAGCGGGCUUUUUCCAAGAUGACUAUUGUGAAAUCUUAACUCAGAAGUACUACUAGUACAAUUUACAGGAACGUCUUGAUGAUUUUCUUACGAUGAUAUUUAUCUAACGGAAAAAUUGCCUGAGACAUCAAUACCGAAAAGUUAUACCUUCAUGAAUUUAAAAUGCAUGAUUAUACAAAGAUAGUUUACAACACCGGUUGAUUGUUGCAGUAGGUUAGGAUAUUGUUCAAAUAGAAUUACGCGCAUAUUUUAGUAAUAUGGUUGAAUAAAAUAAUAACUAUUUAUAAUAAAUAUUUUAUGUUUUGAUGACUACCUAUAUAAUUACGUAUUCAAACAUAAUAUGCACUGCAGGCCAAUGGGUAUGGGCGAUCCCUCGCUCCUGCAAAAUCGUUCCAGUAGGUUAGUGCUAUAAUAUAAUAUUAGUAUACAUCAUAUCUCAUCAUAUACCUAGCUAUUACACCGUGUACUUGUACUGUAUAAAAUGAUAAAAAAAAAAAUACGCGAUUAUUUUUAAUAUUAUAUUAUUAUAUCAAACGUGCAACCUGUAAUAAUAAAAUAUAUAUAUAAAAACUUUUGUUUUUUGUUUUUAUAUAUUAUUAUACAAAGAAUGGAAAUAUUAUAAAACGCACGAAAAUAUAAUGCAGUGAAUUUUAAAAUCACGAAACUGACUUUGCGAAUUAUAUUUCCACUGUAUAGGUACCUAAUAUAGAGGUAUAUAGGUACGAAUAACACGCGAGUUUUACAAGGGAGAAUGUAUUUUAUUACUCUCUCGUGAACUAAAUAUUUUGUGUACAGUCUAUACACUAUACAGUCAUAAUAUUGUUAUUAUACUGGCUCUGAAAUUUACCUACCUGCAUAUUAAUGAGUAUUAGGCAUAUUAUAUGUCCUACAGUAUAAAAAUCGGUAUGCAGUUUUUAAUAAAUACAUGUGUUUGCGUUGGUUAUGACUUAUGAAAAAAAAUGACACAAAAACGCGAAUAUUUUAAAGUUAAAUGCGACCAUAAUAUACAUCUGUACAGAAUGAUUAAAAAUGUUCUGUUAAAAAAAAAUAUAUUUCACGCUAUAUUAUAAUACUUACACAUUAUGCUUAAUUUAGAAAAAAAAAGUGUAUAUAUUUGAAAUAUUUAAUGAUAUAUUGAUUCGAUUAUCUGCUGUACACAGAUCUAAAUAUAACCAAUUAUCCGCUUGUAAUUACUAUGUUUUUACCACUAACCAACUCAAUGGUGUUUUCGGAGAUUUUUAAACGGGGGAGAAACAAAAAAAAUAUAUAACUUAUAAAUUCUCAAUAGAUAUUAUAAUUUAUUAAUAUUUUACAAUAAGCUGCAGUAAGUGGUGAAAUUUAUUUACUUUUAAAAUCACAAUUGUACAUUUUAAAUUUUUUAAAAAAAAUUAAAAUUUUGAAAUAAAUUUUAAACGGUUGUAUUUGAGGCAAUUUUUGAGAUAGGAAAAAUAGUAUCUAUAAGUCAAAUUUGAUUGAAAAAAUAUAUACAUGAUUAUUAGAAUCCGGUGUUAAAAAUAGUGAUUUUAAAUUUAGAAGAUGUAAGUUUUAUUGCAAAUCUGUUCACCGUAGAAGUCAAAAUGUUGAAAAUAUGUUCAACAUUAUGCGUAUUUCGGUACCCCUGAUAUUCCUAAAUGAACCCCGUUUUAAUCUAAAUCCAUAUGGCUGAAAUAGUAGUGAAAUAUAUUUUGCGUGACAAUUGAAGCAAAGCACGCUGUAAAUAAGAAAUAUUUUAAAAGCUGUUUUGGUUAUAUACAGGGGUUUUUUUUAUCGCGAAACAGCGUGGCCAGUUUGACCAUGCUCGUAUUUAUUUAAACGACGAAUUGUAAUGUUCUCUAUCGUUACGACACAGGUCAAUAAUAAUUAUAAUUAAUAAAUAAAGAGCUGGGGACGUGAGCAGUGAGCCACUAUUGUAGGAAGUUGGGAAGUUAGAAUACAUAAUGUUAUUUAAUUUAUAUUUGGAAGCAACGAUUAACUAUUGCUCAAAAAAAUAAUUUGGAAGAAGUUCGGUUAAACAUUUUUUAAAAGACCGUAAAUAAAAAAAAAACUACGUUACACUCAAUUUUUUUUUUUUUGACCACUAAGUAUGUCUUAUAAUGAAUCCCCUUUACAUUUUCAAACAUAUCUGUUUAGUCCAGUGAUUCUCAAACUCGUUAAUUCUCCUCCCUAUGUGGAUGUUCAAAAAUCUCGCUCACCUCCCUCCUAACAACAUAAUAAUAAGAAAAAAAAAGUGAUCAACAAAAAGAUUUGUACGAGGACAAAAUUAAAGCUACGCCAUAAAUUCAGCCAUCCAAGAAACUGCCCCUGCCCCUGUCGCCCCCUACUUAAAUACAGCCCUGCUUAUAGCCUCACUCGAAAUUGGAAAAAUAUUGCUGGUAGAAAACAUUGUUUGCAAAAAUUAAAAACAAUGAAAUCGGAUACACCGUAAAUAUGUGCCGUGUUACCUAUAAUUUUCUUUUUUUUAUUAAACUUCUUGGAAAAUCAAAAAAUUACCUUCCCAAUUUCCUUUCGGAAAAAUCACUUGCACUCUAUGUUACAUCGUAGCAAUAUUUCUGGUAAAAAAGUUGUUAGAGAUACAAGAAAAAAAAGAAAUAAGGAAAUACACAUCGAAGUAAAACCAAUAAGAUUGCACACGCUACGGUCCAAAUCGGAAACAGUCCGUCAACGAGUCGACGGAGAAUCGAUCACGUGGGGGGGGGGGGAGAUUGUGAUGAAACGUGUAACCGAACACGUGGCGUUGAACGUGAAAAUAAAUAAAAGAAAAAAAAAACCUGACAAGUCGCCGCCGAUCACCGCGGGGACUCCGGGAAUUCACGCUGUAGUUCUCGCGGACCGCGGUCUUACGCCUGAGCCCCUGGUACGGUAUUUCGGUCGGCGUGCGCGCGUCUCCGGCGAUGACCUCCUCGGCGACCGGACGCGGGCCGCACCGGCGCCAGUGCACCGUCACCGGACGCUCGCGGACUCUUGCGACGGCGGCACGAAACCGCGAUCAUGUACCAGGGUCUCAUGCCGAACGCUGCCGUCCGCGGCUGGACGAGUAUCUCGGUGUCCCCGCACUCCCGAGCCGCUUAUAUUCGCAUGAGUUCCUGAUACCGAAUGGCAUUCAUUCGGGCGCCAGGCGUUUGGAGUCACCGUCUGACAGUCGGUGACGGAUUUUUUUUUUUAUGCUCGUAAUGUCUAAAGGGUUAAUUUUGUAAACACGAUUUCUCUUUCUUUUUACUUCGGACGAAUCUGGAAUAAUAAUGGCAUCGUCGGAUAUAUAUAUAUAUAUAUACACGUUUUGUCCACAGUUGAAAGAAUCAGUAAAAGGAGUAUUAAUAACGUGCAUUUAAUUUAGGUUUUUUUUUCUUUAAAAAGACGUAAAAAUAAUAAUUCUAGCGUUUUCGAGCCAUUGUUUUUAAAAUAUUAUGAAUCACACGAUACGUUCACACACACGCAAGCCCGGAUUUAGACUUUCAGGGGUCAAUGUGUGGGUUCCUACCAAUGAAAACAACUUUUUAAAAUAAUAAAACAAAUUUAAACCAUUUAAUUAAGUAUAAUAAAAAUAAAAUCAAGUUCGUAUUUCAUGUAAGUCUUUUUUCUUACUUUUUGUGUAGCAAAUGCUUUUAAGGUUUUAUUAAAGCUUAAAUUUUGUAGAAUAUAAUUUUCUGUAGACAAUAUCAUUAAUGAUGACAGACUAUUUUGAGUUUGUGAAAAUCUAUUUUUAUUUAUAAUUUUGGACAACUUCGAAAAUGCUCUCUCUGUACAAGUAGCAACAACUAAUAAUGCAGUGUAUAGUGUAGACAGCAGACUGCUGUAAUCAGUAGGUAUCUGUGUUCUGAGUACCUAUGAUGGUCACAUACUCACGUAAACAAAUUUUCCAAAUAAUUCUACUUUUAAAUACAGCGAUAACAAAAUAUACCCCCAUUCCCAACACACACAAACCUGGCCAUAUGCCCCACUUACCACGCCCGUGGUGGUUAACAAGGUAGCCGGGUUGUUAGGGCAGGCCUGUUAAUUCAUACACGAAAAAAUACAAAUACAAAUACUCUUGUGCACUAUAAAAUUUACAAAUUACCACUCAAUAUAAUUUUAAGCCGAGAAGUCUAUGAGUCCUUUACAUACGUGGACCCCGGGAACGUGCCCCCCCCCCCUUAAUCCAGGCUUGCACACACGACUAGGUUACUCAGCGUACUAAAUGUAUUUAUGUUUUCCAAUAUAUUAUUAUUAGGGCUGUGCAUUUAAUGCAGUGAAAAACUUUUAAAAUUACAUUGAAAAUGCACAAAAAAAUACUAUAAAACAUACAUUUAAAAUCUCAAAGAAUGCAAUAUAAAAUUUAAUUUUUAUAUUUAUUUUGAUAUUACUUAUGUUACUAAUAUCGAUAAAUCGCAAGCCCAUUAAUAACUAAUUUAAGCAAUAUUACCUUAUUUUAUCGAAUCUUUAUCUUUACUUAAUCCGUAUAUAGCUUGUGUAAAAUAUUAUUUUAUAAAACAUAAAUUUUACGUCUAUAUAGCAUGUGUAAAACAAAAAAUAUGAAUUGACGGAAUUUGAUUAAAAAUAUCGGAAAAUGAACUAAAAAAGAAAAUAUGACUUAAAACGUCCAAAAAAAACCAAAAUAGUUGUUAAGUUUAAGGUGUAAGUAAUAAGGUUAAAAUAAUAUUAUAAAUUAACACAAAUAAUCGUUUGUUUUUUGGGCAAAUUAUUUUUAAUCAAUAUAUUUUUGAAAUAUUUUGUGCUAAUAUCCUUGUGAUUUUAGGUGAUCCCAGGGUUAUAUAUUGGUAGUUUUAGAGAUUCAAAAGAUGUUGCUCAGUUAGAAAGUAAUCAAAUAACUCACAUAGUUUCCGUAAUGGACGUACCAAAGAAAAUUCAUCAAGUAGCCACCUAUUUUUUUCUUAUAAUAAAAUUAAAAAAAGUUUUUAAAUAUAAACUUGCGUGUAUUUUAGGAUAAAAACUACUUGUGCAUUGAAGCUACCGAUAGUCCCGAACAAAAUCUAAUACAAUAUUUUCAAAUAUGCAACAAUUUUAUUCACAAAGCUCGCCUUAAAAGUGAAAAUGUUUUAAUUCAUUGGUAAUAAAUUAGUAAUUUCUUAAUACAUUCUAAUGAAAUUAUUAUUAUUUUUUUUUUAGUUUGGCUGGGAUGUCAAGGAGUGUAACAAUAGCUGCUGCUUACAUUAUGUCAGUUACUACUAUUAAAUUAAAACACGUUCUUCGACUUUUGAAAGCAUGUCGAUCGAUUGCCUGUCCUAACGAAGGAUUCAAUAAACAACUCCAAUAUUUUGAGUGCAAUUAUUUAUUAGAAGUAAGUAGCUAACUAUUUAUAGUAAAAUCACUAUUUUUGGUAAAUGAUCAAAAUAAAAAUGGAAUAAAUUCAAUAAAAAAAAAUGACGGACAUACUUUACUAGUGGGUGCACUGUGCAACCACGGUUGUAGGUGGAAAGUAGGGAAGGUAGGAUACAGACGAGAAUUUAUUGUAUAUCUGUAAGUAACGAUAAACCAUUGUUAACAAAAAAACAAUUCUGAGCAAAAUUCAAUAUUGAUAGUGUUGCUUUGUCAACAUUAAUAUAUAUUUCAUAUUAUUGUAAAAUGAUUACAAUAAUGCGCGUUUCCAUGACGAUUGCUUAAAAAAUAUUAAAAUAAUAAAAACUUAACAAUAACAAAAAAUAAAUAAAAACGGUUGCCAAUGACUUUAUUUUUAAUUUUUCAAUUUUUUUCAACCUAUAGAAUCAGGUUUUCCUCAUUAUCCCAAAUAUUAAUGAGAAUUUCAUAAAAUGACCUUUCUAAAGUACCACUCAGAGAGCAUUUCAUUUCGGAAAAGGUGCUAUACUUGAUAUUCAGAGUAAUUUUUCUGGUAGAACAUAUUCAGAUAAAAAAAAUAAAAAAAUAAAAUAAUAAAGAUCAUUGUAAAACCAAUACUCUCCUUUUUCUACUCAGAAUCUAAAAUAUAUAUAUAUGCAUAUAAUGUAUUAACUUUACAGAAAAUUAGAUACAAUUAUUUCAUUAUUUGUAAUAUUAUUUAGAAAUUCAUGUAUUAUAAUAUGAUAAUAAUAAUAAAACUACCUAGUUUUUAUUGUUAUUAUUUGAUACAAUAUUACAGGUUGACAAUUAUUACCUACCAUGUUAAAUUUUAAAAUGUUGGCAUUAUAGUAAUAUAGUAAAAUAUAUAAAGUUAAAUAAAUACCUACAUUAAAUAUAGCUGCUAAUAACAAUGUGUAUUAAAUAAUUAUUAUACAUAUUAAAGAGAGAUAAGUACAUAGGCACUCACCUCACUUCAGAAACCAGUAGUUAUUAUGAAUAAUAUGAAUUAUUCAUUACAAAAUUAAAAAUCAUUCUGAUUAGAGCUUAGAAUUAAAACUAUUACUUUUUUUAAAAAUUUUAUUUCAACAUGUAUUAACUUGGAAAUUGUAAAAAUUAUGCUUUUCCAGAACAAACUAUUUAUUUCCUAGCCAAAAUUCAAAAUGUUUUGCUUAAAUGAAUUUCUACUUAAAAUGUAACACCACACAGUGUGUACCACAAUGUUCAACGGAUUGUUCUAGAGCUCUUAAUAUUAAAUAUUUUUCAAUUUUUUUUUUUUUUUUUUAUCGUUAUUUCUUUAGUAUCAAAUAGGAAAAAAAAAUUUAAAUAUUCAAUAUUAAUAACUCUAGAAAAAUUUGUUGAAUAUGGUUGGAUAUACUGUAUGUGUAAAAAAAAUUAUAAACAAUAACUUUGUCAUAUAUUCUAUGUUAAUUAAAUGUUAAAUAAAUCUACAUAAACAUGUAGAAAUUGUUAGAAUAAUAGUAUUCAAAAAACAGAUCAAAUAAUUUUAAAGUGCAUUUACAUAUCAAAAAAUCAUAAAUUUAACUAUUUUGAAAUUUACAUUAAGUAAUUAUAGAUAUUUAAAAAUGAUCCCAAUAAUUUGUUUGUUACUAAAAUUUCACCAAUAUCAAAAUAUUAAAAAUUUUUGACUAAAUAUAAAAGCAACAAAAUCAUUUUACAAUUUUAAUUAUUUUUACUUGGUUUCAGGAAAGAAACAGACUAAAAUUGAUCAGUAAUUCCAAUAAUCAACUAACAGCAGAUGAAGAAUAUUGUAAGAAAAUCAUUCACAGUGGAGAAGAUCACAAAAAAUAAUAAAUAUACAUUUUUAUAUUUAAAUCAAUAAUUUAUGAUAAAUAAAACAAUCAAUAUAAUUUUAGAAUAAAUACUUAAUAAUACACUUUUUAAAUAUAAACAGUUAUUUAAAUUUAAUUAAAUAAAAUGGAAGACCAAUCUCAAAAAUUUUUUUUUUUAAAAUGAUAAAUAGUAGGCUAAUAAUAGGCAUUAUAUUAUUUUUUUAAAACUUUUUUUAGGUUUAAUAGAAAUAAUACUUUUACAUUAAUCACUAGAUCUAAUUAUUCUUCGAAUGCCCCGCCCUGGAGCUUUUGGUUUACUGAAUUUUGGUUUAUCUGAUUCUUUUUCUGGAUAUAAUUCAUCUAAUAGAUACUUUUCGUUAAUGACAUCGUCAUUAUCUAUUUCCAACUAUAAACAUAAUGUAUUACUAUAUAGUUUAUUUAUAAAAUAAAAUAAUAAAUUAUUACUUUUUUAUUAAUUUUUAAUUUAUAUAGGUUUUCUAACUCUUCGAUAAAUGGUGAUUUGCAACUGGAAUAUAACAUCCUCACUUUUAUAGGGCACGAAUACCCUGGCAUCGAGUAAAUGAAAACUAAAAAAUAUAAAACAAAUAAUAAU